AUACUUAUCUCAACAUCAUAUUCUUGUGAAAAUAAACUUAAAUUCUCAAGGACAAAAAAAGCAGCUUAGAUUCAGUAUUGUUUUGAUGACCCACAAAAGGCAUUCUCCUGAAGAGGGUCAUAGUGAUGAAUUUACUAUCCCAAUUCGAGAUUCGAAGAGGAGACCCGUUUUAAAGACUUUUGUGGGAGACUUAACAAGAGGACUUUCUCCUAAUGAAGCCCAAUGGGAGCCUUUUUUCCGAAGAGUUAUUCGAGACCAGGUUGAACGUACAGUAUGUUCGCUCUUCAAUUUAAGACCCUCAGAUCAUCAGGCAGAGUCAUCUAAAGGAGGAGGCUUGCGGCUGCAAUUUGUUGACAAACUACCCUCCACCAUCUUCACCAACAGCAAGAUUAUAUCCGCGCAAGGAACAUUUGUCCACAUCAUCCUAACUGAUGCUAAUAAUAAUAUAGUCGAUUCCGGACCAUUUUCUUCCUUGAAGAUUAAGUUGGUAGCCCUCAAUGGUGAAUUUGGUUCUGAUGAUCAGGAGUACUGGACCGAGAAAGAGUUCAAUGACAAAGUUGUGCGCGAAAGAGAAGGUAAAAGGCCGCUAGUGAUUGGCGAGUUGGAUUUCAACUUGAGAAAUGGGGUUGCCAAUAUUGUUAAUGUAACCUUCACUGAUAACUCCAGCUGGAUUAGAAGUGGAAAAUUCAGGCUGGGAGCUAGAGUAGUGCAGAAAGUUUCUGGUGAAAUAAGAAUCAGAGAAGCCAGAAGCGAACCUUUUGUGGUCAAAGAUCACCGUGGAGAGUUGUAUCAGAAACAUCAUCCUCCAAGCCUGCACGAUGAAGUAUGGCGUUUGGAAAAGAUAGCAAAAGAUGGGAAAAACCAUAGGAAAUUGGCCCCCUUCAAAAUUGAAACGGUGAAGGACUUUUUGCAGAUGUAUACGAAAAAUAGUUUAAUGUUAAGAGAGAUUCUAGGUAAUAUCUCAAACAAAAAUUGGGAUGCGAUAGUAGGACAUGCUUUGACUUAUGUAGAAGAUAACAAAUUCUACGCAUGCCACAGUAUUGAACAUGAUGUUAGUAUCUACUUCAAUUCCAUCCUUAAGAUUAAAGGGGCCAGAUUUAGUAGCUGCAUGUUUUCUCCAGAAGAACUCACUCAACUCAGUCCAUCUCAGAGGGUUCUGGUUGAAAAUCUGAAGCAGCAAGUAUACGAAAAUAAGGUUGAACUGGUCCCAGCUGAUGAUUUUUCUAGUGCUGAUGUUCCAAGGCCGCUGGCAAGUCUACAAGCUGUGCAAUUCAAUGAUCAAGCUUUAGACCAAUCACAGCACGACUUCUCAAUUAUGCCAGAAGUAGAUCAGUCAUUGAUAGAGCUCGGUCUCAGCCAAUCGUCAACCCUAUCAUCAUAUCCUUGUGGAGCAGAAGUUAGCCAUCAGUUAGAACUUUCUGCACCACAGAACAACCAAUCUUUUCAAAUGUUUCCUCAAACACAUAGAAACAGUUUCUCUAUGGAGGAUUUUUUAACUGCACAAUACAAUGAAGAAUCCAGUUGGUUUCCUAGUGGUUCGCAAGGGUCAGAUGUCCCGAGUAGCCAUUUCACCGCAGAGAAUCUGUUUUGUCAGUUACAAACUUCAAGUUUUUCUCCCAUCACAACAUGGGAACAAGGGCCUAGCUUUAUCUUCACUCCAAAUACUGAAGCAAAAGAUGACCUUUCCCUUCAUAUUCCUGAUUUUUUAGGUAACUCGAGGGAUAGAAAACACAAGGCAAGUUGGUGUAAGAUUCGCGCUGCCUUCAAGUGUUGGCUAUCCGUUAAGCUGGCCGCCCGAAAAAUGGCACGGCCGCUGUAUUUAAGCUACUAGGUAACACAAGCUGGUGUAAGAUCUCCACUCCCUUCAAGUGUUGGCUAUCCGUUAAGCUGGCCGCCAGAAAAAUGGCACGGCCGCUGCGUUAAAGCCACUAGGUAACACACAAGCUGGUGCAAGGUUUCCUCUUCCUUCAAAUGUUUGCUACCCUUUAAGCUGUCCGCCAAAAAAAAAGGCAGGGCUGCUGUAUUUAGGCUACUAAACAAUGCAAGUUGGUGUAAGGUUGCCACUCUCUUAAAGAGUUGGGCGUCAGUUAGGUUAGGCAGCUGUAUUUAGGCUAUCAGAUAAGUGUAGGUGUUUAAGCAAGUACCAAGUAAAAAUGGUACUCUUUUAUAUGUUUAUAGGUUAGUUUUCCCUCUAAUCUAGUUUCUUAAUCACUUUCCUGUUGUUAUGUUGUCCAAAAGAGAAGGAAGUUUCUCAUGUACACUGUUCAAUAUGUCAUGUUUUUUAAGUCCAUGUGAUGAUGUAAAUACUGUUUGCAUGACAAUAUGAGAAAGGUUCAGGUUUUUGUUUA